GAGGAUUCUGGCAGCCCCACGCUACCGCCGUGUCCCUGCCUGGUGUGCCUUCCCUAAGGUUUAAAAGAUGAAUCCCACAUUUAGCAGAAAAUCGAAGCUCUGUGUGACUGAGCAGUGGAAGUACUGGUUCUUGCAACUAGGAUCAGAUUGAGGGCUGAAACCAGACUUUCACUUUCGAUACUAACAUUCUGGCUGCGUUUUUUUUCUUGUUUUUCAACGCGGAUCUGGGGGUCAGAUGGUCGGCAGAGUUUAAAAAUGGACAGAACCAUAGAGGUGUCUGAUCUCCCCACGGGUAUUUCAAAGCGGAGCCUUGAAGACAAACUCAUGAUUCAUUUCUUGAGGGCUAAGAAUGGAGGAGGUGAAAUCAUCGAUGUGGUGUUCCCAACUGAGUUGCUGUCAUCUGCACUUAUAAUCUUUGAAGAGGCAGAAGUGGCUCAACGUGUUCUUCAAACUGAAAAUCAGAUUCUUAAAAUUAAUGGGAAACAGCACAAAUUAAAAGUGAAAUCUGCUAAUUCUGAGAUCAAAGUUGAUCAGGUCAUCCCCCAUAUUUCUAUGACAAUAGACUAUGGAAAACUCCUUGAUGGGAAAAGAUUAAUGAAAAAUUUGCAGAAGACACACAAAGCUAUCCAGUUUGGUUUUGAUCCCAAAGUAGAACAAUGUACCGUGGGUGGAACAUUCUCAGCCAUCAAGGAGCUCAGUGGAAAGAUUCAUCACCUGCUCACUUUAAGUUCUGACCAAAGCAGUGCCAACUCGAAUGAAACUAAGCACCAACUGCAGGGCAGCCUGGAAAGUGCAGAUUUCAGUGGUUCAAACAGGGUGAGGAAAGAUGCCUGGAAAUCCAAUGCAGCCUCUAAUGCCAAGGGGGAUAGUUUCGAAUCUCAAACUAAGUCUAGAUUGGAAAGUUCACUUCGUAGCAGGAGAGGCAGUGAUUUGCAACAAUUCAAAGAGGAAUGCACUAGCAUUUUAGAGGAUUACACCUUAUUGAUGGAUUCUGAUAUUUACAUGUAUAUUCAGAAAUUUUAUAAAGACCGGUAUCAAAACAUCCUGCACAAAUACUGUGUGGAGGUAAUAGAUAUUAGCAAUGAAGGCAUCACCACAGUACUUUUGCAAUUAGCACCCGGCUGUUUGGACAGCGGAACAUCACUGCAGCGAGCAUAUCAUGAACUUUCUCAACUCUACCAGGAAUUUGAGUUCACGCUUCGCAAGGAACAGGUGGAGAAGGGAAGUCUAACUUCUGAUGUCAAGCUGCUACAGAACAUCUAUAUCAAUCUCAAGGCACAAUUCCCCCAAAUAAAUUUCAGUGAAGAUCCGAAAUAUUUUUACCUAAUAGGCAGCUCAAAUGACUGUUCAUUGGCCAAGAAAUACCUACAGGAUUUGAAAGGGGAAUUGAAAGUUAUUUCACAGAAAGAAAGGCAUGUGACAUCAGGCAGCUUCCCUGAAAGUCACCAGACUACUAACAGCAGUGCAUCUUACUCUCUGCGAGAAUUUAAGGGCAGCGGUUCACUUAAUCAACAUGGUUCAGAUGUCAGAAAGGAUCACAAAUUAGCUCCAACCUUCAGUAGUAAAAGGGAAGUUGAUAGUGCUUAUCUUGCAGGAAGCAGCAUUGCUAAGGAUGAUCUGGUUCUUAAGUCUGAGCAGACAGCUGACCAACUGAUGACUGGCUUCAGUAAGGCAAGAAGUCUACCGACGGACACCAGGAAUUGGGAUCAACAGCAAGUUCCCAAGCACAAUACUACUCCCGAUGAGAUCGUUAUUAAUACUAAUAAAUCAUUAGUCAGUGGAACAGAGCAGUUGGUUACACCCAAAAAAGGAUCUCUUGCCAAGAGCAACAAAGAUUUUUCUGUGUUAACUGAUCAGGCCAAACUAUUGAAAAGUCCUGACAAAACAGGCUGUGAUAUUUUGUUCAAGGGAGGUGAAGAUUCUUCCAGUCUUUGUACAAAUAAAGGACUCCGACAUUUCCAAUUUAACAAAAGCAACAAGGCCCAAGGCCCUGUAAAGCCAUGCCACUUUGAAACAUCAGCUGGAACUCUCUUUCAUCAAGGAGAGCUGCUGGACACCAUGCAGACAGUUCAUUCCAUUGCUACCACCAACAAUUCAGAAGGUCCAUCAAGUAAAACACCUUUGAGAAGAUCCAGUAGUUUCUCUGGAUGCUUGAAAUCAAAAUGGCCUUCUGAAGCUGUCAGCAGUUUCAAAGAGAAGCCCGCUGAAGUUGCGCCCUUCACUGAAGAGCUUCUAGUGGAUUCAGAUGUGUGGUCUUAUCUGAAGGACAUCCAUACAUCCACUAUUAGACAGAUUAUAACCAGCACAAACGUUGUGGUGAAUGAACAGUUGUUGGGAGAUACCACGGAAUUGAAAUUGACAGCACGGAACACAGAUGAUGUCAAAGCUGCAAAGGAAGAUAUUUUGUCAGUUUACACCUGGGCCAUGAAGCAUUUGACUCAGCAGCUCCUUUCUCAUAGGGAUCUGGGCAUUGAAAACAUUACAGAGGAAACUGUGGAGAUUUGGAAAAGUAAACUAAAAAGAAAAUUCCCCAAGGUAAAAUUCAUUGUUUCGCAGACUGGUUUCCACAUUAUUGGCACAUAUGAGCAUUGCUUUAAAGUGAUAGCAUCUUUUAAACCUGAGUUAAAAUAUGCAUCUGUGGAAGACUUACCCUGGAUGGACACUACAUCCAUAUCAGCUUAUAACCAGCAUGCAUUUCUUGAAGCUGAAAAGUCCAAGGACGCAGCAGAAGAGAACCUAACUAAAUCUGCAAAUAGUUUGCCGUCAUUGGGUCAGUUUCCUUAUGACAGGAAAUCUGAAGACUUGAACACUUCAGGCAUCCUCAUGGGUAGUGUCAGUCUGCAAACAAUGGCAAAAAGAGAAGAACAAGCUUCGUUUCAGUCAAAUAAUGAACCUACUGAAACCAUGGGUCAGGGGAAGGCAACAGGGAGCUCCAGCAUUUGUAAUUCUCAGCCAGAUGGAGAGGAGCAGCUUUUGUAUAAGCAGACAAAGUAUCUGAAUGAAAAGGAUAGCCCUGUAUUAAUUUCAAGGCAGGAGCCGAGUCAAUUUAUGAAUCAGAAGAGGUCACCAAAAACUCUUGAUGAGGGGAGUAGUUUUGACUCGCUUCAUGGUCAGGUUGAUUAUAAAUGUCCAAAAAUGAUCAAGCAGGUUGGAGAUGUGGAAGGAAUCAAUGCAAGGAAGACAUUACCAGAUAAAUUUCAUUUUGCAUCCAACAAGCUAUCAAAGGAAAGCCACUGGUACAAUAAAGCGAGCAGCUUACAUCACAGUAAGGUGGACAGCGGGAUGCAAUCAUUGCCAGUGCAUUAUACGGGCAUAUUGGCCUCAUCAUUGCAUCAGGGGAACAAUGGCCAACAUAUCACCAAGUCAGCUACAGAUUCAAAAGACCAAAUGCAAGCAAAAUACGUCGAGCAGCAAACUGAGAGGAAUGAGGAACUGCCUCAAGAAAACAAGGUCAUGAGAAAUUCUCAGCAAGGUCAACCCAGAAGUCCAGCUAUAGGAAUGGAUGCACAAGAGCUAAGUGAACCAGCCAUGGCAUGUAACAACUGCAAGAAAAGUGACGCGUUGUCAAAGGUAGACUGUGGCCAAUGUCAAGCCAGCGUUCAAAAUAUGGUCCCAAAUAAAAAUGAAAGCCGGGGCAUGCCUACCAUGAUGAUUACAGUUCUGAAUAUUAGAUUGGAUGGAUUUUUCAGAGAAAUGACCAUUCAAAUAACCUAUGACAUCCCAGAUGGUAUCCAAGGGGAAAGUGAUCCAAACCCAGGAGAGCCAUUCAAAGGAGGGGAGUUUAAAGCCUAUUUGCCCGAAUCUCAUGAAGGAAAGAAGGUUUUACAAUUGCUACAGGAAGCCUUUAAUAAAGGCCUGAUCUUCAAAGUAGUAGCUGAUCCUCCAAGACCAGCCUACGUGACAUGGAAUGCGAUUCCUCAUAAAACAGCCGUAACUGGAGGUAGACAGAAGAAUGGUUACCCUGACUCACUCUACAUGAAGAAAGUUUUGGCAGCUCUGGCAGAGCAUGGGCUUCAGUAAAAUCACAUGUCACAUCACCCAGCUUGAGAAUGUUUUAGCACUAUACAAGUUUUACUGCAGAUCUUUGUGUAAGCUGAUUGUGUGCUUUCUCUUUUAAAAAAAAGUACAUUCAUGAUAAACAAAAUACUUAAUGUUAAGGUCUGUUACUUCACAGUUGCUUAUUUGGACAUAUUGCUUUGGAUGCUUUUGAAUAAUCAUAUACUCUUGAGAGUUAGUUUAAUGUUACAUAUAGUUUCCAGAUGUUUAAUACAUACCACUUAUUUUACAGUAAUCUGUAUUUUUUAUUAACAAAUCAUAAUAUUCAAUAAACAAAACAUUGUUUGGAUAAAUUAUAUAGAAGUACAAAAUCAGAUGCAUACUUCAAUUCUACUUUACAAGUUCAGAUUGCAACCACAAACUAAAAACAUUUUGGCAUGUUGUUGUUCCUUUCUGCACCUUGUGACACAUUGGGUAGCAACCUUGCAGUUUCUUUAGCAUUUGUCUGUUUUUAUUUAAAAUGAGGCCAAGUUACCAGCUCGAGGCUCCAGCCAGCACGGAUGGAAAACUUACAAGGGGCUGGCCAGAUUUGAAACCAGGUCUCACUGCUUGGGAGAAGCUUCCCCUCUCUCCUCUCCCCUCCACCCCAAAUCUUAACAGUCCUUGUCCUGAUGCUACCAUACCUCAUGCCUGAUGGUAGGAGGAGUCAAAGAGAUCAUGGGAUAGAUGGGAGUGAUCCUUGAAUCCUUGACAAUGCUAAAGGCCCUGCAGAUGCUCCUGAUAAAUAUGUCUUAUAGGUGGAAGCAAGGCCCUCUUAGCAGUCAUCAAUCUUUUGCAAUCAGAUGCCUUGCAAUUCUGGUACCAGCUAAUCGCACUUGCGCUCCCAUCAAAAAAAGUUGUGUGGUGGUAGAGGAAAGGGGAAGACAAAAAUCCAAUGGAAGGUGUGAUACAAUGGGGACAAAAAGAUUGAAUGGCAUGUAGUGGAGCUGCAAAUUCAUGAAUGAAGUUUGAAACUGAGGACACAAAAUAAACAACAAUGGAGAUACAAGAGCAAAAUGGCCAAUUACCUGACAUUAGUAGAUUUUCUGUGGAAUGCUGAAGCCAGUGCAGUUUCCAAAGCCUACAGUGAGCAUUACUGCAUUGCAUUUGGUCUAUAGGUCACUUGUAACACACUCAAACCUCCACUGUUCAUCCAGGUGCUUCAGAUUAAUCACUGGAAGCAUAAUAAUACUUAUGGGUGCUUACAGCCCAUCCUCAGGCUGUUGGUCAUCGAUGCAAACAAUACAUUUCACUGUAUGCUUUGAUAUUACAUGUAUAAAGUUAAAUCUUUAUCUUCAAGCUUUCGAACUUUCUUCAAAACUAGAACAUCUUCCCCAGCGCCACCAUUAAAGGGAAGAUCAUUUGAAUUGAUCAAUUUAUUUGUACUCCACGAUUCCUUUAUCUUCUUCCCCAACUACGCACAUGUUCCAAGUAAAUAAGCUUUUUUUUUAAAUAAAUAAAAUACCUACCACUAAAAUGCACCACCCAUUAGUCAGCUCAAGGCUAAAAGCAGAAGUUAGAGUUACAGGGAUAUGCAACUGGAAGCCCAGUAUCCCUCUUUCAGUGUGAAUGGAGUCUUCCGGUUUAAGAUGGCACUACUGAAGUUGGGCAACAACUUACUGGCAGUUCAUAAAGUGAAAAAACAGAACAACUAAAUACCUUAUCAAUAACACUGGAAAAUUGUGGUAAGCAAUCACUGUAAACAAUGAAGAGGUGAGCAAAGGAGAGGAUGACCUGAGGGUCACGACAGAGUCAGAGUGAGGUCAAGUAGUAGUCAAAGUGAGGUUGGGACGUGGUCAAGACUGAGAUGGGGCAUGCAAAGCAGAGAAAAGUCAGGGUGGAGGAGUUAUUAAGAGCUUGUCCACCCAAAUCGAGAGAAGAGGCUACAGGCUAAAUCAUGACAGCAGGGUCCAGGCUCAGAGUGUAUCGAAGCAACAAGACCUGGAUCUUAGUGUGGAGAACGACCCAGUCUUGGACAAUUUAAAUAUGGGCCAGGUGGACUGAAAAGACAGGGUGUUGGGACCAGAGGAGAGGGUCAGGCUGCUCCACGAAGUUUGCUCCGCUUGCUGCAGUGCUGAGGCUGUGAAGCUGCUCCAGGCUGCAAGCUCCACAACAAAAUGUCCCCCCCCCCUCCCCCACCACCUUCUCUGCAUCUUGGGUGCUUGCUGGUUAAAAAAAAAAAGUAGGUUCUUUCAGGUAACACACAGAAUGCUGCAGGCCAGGCAGCAUCUAAGGUAGUACAGUUGAGUUUUCGGGCCGAGACCCUUCAUCAGGACUAACUGAAGGAAGAGCUAGUAAGAGAUUUGAAAGUGGGAGG